GGUCUCGGCGGGGAGGGGCCGGGACGCCGCGGAGGGCCAGGCGGCUUGGAGCCCCUCUGAAGCCCGCGUCCCUCCCCUGUCUUGUCCUUGCGGGCUCCAGGCUCCCCAUCAGCCCGGGCAGCCGGGAUUUAAAUUCACGGUGGCUGAGUCUUGUGACAGGAUCAAAGACGAAUUCCAGUUCCUGCAAGCUCAAUACCACAGCCUCAAAGUGGAGUACGACAAGCUGGCGAACGAGAAGACGGAGAUGCAGCGCCAUUAUGUGAUGUACUAUGAGAUGUCCUAUGGCUUGAACAUUGAAAUGCACAAACAGACAGAGAUUGCGAAGAGACUGAACACAAUUUUAGCCCAGAUCAUGCCCUUCCUGUCACAAGAGCACCAGCAGCAGGUGGCUCAGGCAGUGGAGCGUGCCAAGCAGGUCACCAUGACAGAGCUGAACGCCAUCAUCGGGGUACGUGGACUCCCCAAUCUGCCUCUCACCCAGCAGCAGCUCCAGGCGCAGCACCUCUCCCAUGCCACGCAUGGCCCCCCUGUACAACUGCCGCCCCACCCAUCAGGCCUCCAGCCUCCUGGGAUCCCCCCAGUGACGGGAAGCAGCUCUGGACUGCUGGCACUUGGCGCCCUGGGCAGCCAGGCCCACCUGUCGGUGAAGGAUGAGAAGAACCACCAUGAACUUGAUCAUCGAGAGAGAGAAUCCAGUGCGAAUAACUCAGUGUCACCCUCAGAAAGCCUCAGGGCCAGCGAGAAGCACCGAGGCUCUGCAGACUACAGCAUGGAAGCCAAGAAGCGGAAGGCCGAGGAGAAGGACAGCCUGAGCCGAUACGACAGUGAUGGGGACAAGAGCGAUGAUCUGGUGGUGGAUGUUUCUAACGAGGACCCAGCAACGCCCCGGGUCAGCCCGGCACACUCCCCUCCUGAAAAUGGACUGGACAAGGCCCGGGGCCUGAAAAAGGACGCCCCCACCAGCCCCGCCUCGGUGGCCUCCUCCAGCAGUACACCUUCUUCCAAGACCAAAGACCUUGGUCAUAAUGACAAAUCCUCAACGCCUGGCCUCAAGUCCAACACACCAACUCCAAGGAAUGAUGCCCCGACCCCAGGCACCAGCACAACCCCGGGGCUCCGCUCAAUGCCAGGCAAACCUCCAGGCAUGGACCCGAUAGGUAUAAUGGCCUCAGCCCUGCGCACGCCCAUCUCCAUCACCAGCUCCUAUGCCACACCCUUUGCCAUGAUGAGCCACCACGAAAUGAACGGCUCCCUCACCAGCCCAAGCGCCUACGCUGGCCUCCACAACAUCCCGCCCCAGAUGAGUGCCGCCGCCGCCGCUGCAGCUGCUGCCUAUGGCCGAUCGCCAAUGGUUGGUUUUGACCCUCACCCUCCCAUGCGGGCCACAGGCCUGCCCUCAAGCCUCGCCUCCAUUCCCGGAGGGAAACCAGCCUACUCUUUCCAUGUGAGCGCUGAUGGGCAGAUGCAGCCCGUGCCCUUCCCCCAUGAUGCUCUGGCAGGCCCUGGUAUCCCAAGGCAUGCCCGCCAGAUCAACACACUCAGCCACGGGGAGGUGGUGUGUGCCGUGACCAUCAGCAACCCCACAAGGCACGUCUACACGGGUGGCAAAGGCUGCGUGAAGAUCUGGGAUAUCAGCCAGCCGGGCAGUAAGAGCCCCAUCUCCCAGCUGGACUGCCUGAACAGGGACAACUAUAUUCGCUCCUGCAAGCUACUCCCUGAUGGGCGCACACUCAUUGUGGGUGGAGAGGCCAGCACACUCACCAUCUGGGAUCUGGCCUCACCCACACCCCGCAUCAAGGCCGAGCUGACGUCCUCCGCUCCUGCCUGUUACGCUCUGGCCAUUAGCCCUGAUGCAAAAGUCUGCUUUUCCUGCUGCAGCGAUGGGAACAUUGCCGUCUGGGACCUGCACAACCAGACCCUAGUCAGGCAGUUCCAGGGCCAUACAGAUGGGGCCAGCUGCAUAGACAUCUCCCACGAUGGCACCAAGCUGUGGACUGGGGGCCUGGACAACACCGUGCGCUCCUGGGAUCUGCGGGAGGGCCGGCAGCUGCAGCAGCAUGACUUCACCUCCCAGAUCUUCUCACUAGGUUACUGCCCCACUGGGGAGUGGCUGGCUGUGGGCAUGGAGAGCAGCAACGUGGAGGUGUUGCACCACACCAAGCCCGACAAGUACCAGCUGCACCUGCACGAGAGCUGCGUGCUGUCCCUCAAGUUUGCCUACUGUGGCAAGUGGUUCGUGAGCACGGGGAAAGAUAACCUUCUCAAUGCCUGGAGGACACCUUACGGAGCCAGCAUCUUCCAGUCUAAAGAAUCCUCGUCUGUCUUGAGUUGUGACAUUUCAGCGGAUGACAAAUAUAUUGUAACAGGCUCUGGUGACAAGAAGGCCACAGUUUAUGAGGUCAUCUACUAAACAAGGACUCUAACAGGGCUGUCCAACUCUGGGAGAAACCAUCUCGGCUCUGACAGGGAGACCCCAGUCGAGGCCCCUGAGGAUGGCGGAGGAGGGGCCGCGAGUAGCCGCGCUCCGGGCUGUGCUCCAGCGGGCUGAGAGGGCACGUGCCCGCCAUGGCCCGGACUCCUGGGCAUGGAUUGAUGUGUCUCACAGACUCGGAUGGAUUCUCUUCUCCUCCUCCCCCUUAACAAUGCUGGCAGAUGCUACAAAUAGAUUUAUUUGGAGGCUUGUGGCUCCAGUUCCCCCACAGACACCCUCAUGAAUCUCUGUCUCUUCCUCCCCAUUCUUUUGACCUGUCCCCUCUCUGCUUGGGUGGGGGACAAUGGAGUGGACCACAUUGUUGUGCUGGGGAGGGGGAUCUCGUUCCUGAUUGUGCAGUGCACAAGAUUUGUGAAAACUGUAAAUAACAGACUCCUGUGGUGGACUGGUCAGUGGGGGAGGAAGCCCCUGCCCAGUGGGAGCUCGCCGUGUAUUUCGCCUGCUGUAUUUGUGAUCCACUCGUGGUGGUGGCUUUUUGUUUUUGUUUUUGUUUGUUUUUUAAACAGAAGUUCCCAUCAGGGAAAGGGACAGGGAGGGAGUAACAGGGAGAAGGGGUUGGAAUAGGGAGGAGAGUCCUGGGAUCGGGGAAGGACCUGCAGCGGCCAAGCAGACUGGCCACGGGGCACCUAACACCAGGUGAACGCGCCUCAUGCGGGUUUGGCACCCUAGGCAAGCCUUGAGGGAGUGCCAGAUGGACAGACGGACUGAAGGACAGUGCUGAGACCUGGCCGACCUGGGUUGAUGUCCAUAGGGGACAGCUGGGUUUCCUCCGCUCUGUCUGCCUCUUGCCCUGUCUCCAGUCUCCCUCUCUCUCAGGCCUCUGUCUCCAUCUUUCUCUCCUUCCCCUCUUUCUCUUUGGUGCACACUGGGUCAUUGUGAUGAGAAAUGGAGGUUCAGAGGAACUCCCUCUCCAGCCUUUCUUAAUCUUCCGGAUGGAUGGAUGGACACAGCCUGGAAAUGACACCACGGUCGAGGGAAGCAUAGCAACUCAGCUCAGGGAGCUACCAGAGAAAAACAGCAAUGGAUGUGGGUGCUUUUUUUUUUUUUUUUUAAUUUGAAUAAAAAGAAUUAGAAGUGAUGUCCUUUUAUAAAAUGGCUUCUCCCCCUUCCUGCCUUCAGCCCCUUCCUCUCUCCCUAGAGGGGACAAGCAGAUUAACCUACAGGGUUAUAAAGUCUGAGCCGGUGACUUGCCCUCUUCCCUUCCUGGGCAGGGCAGAGAGGGCCGGGGGCAGGGAGACGUCCUGGUGCACUGUGGUGAUUCCUAACAGCUCUCAGUCUCUUGUGGCCCACACAGGUUCCAGGUAGAAUAUGGUCUCCUGCGGUUGGUUACCAAACUUUGGUACCAAAUGUUCUGAGGUAUUAGGAUGUUGGGUUUUGGUCUUUUUUUUUUUUUUCCUUUAAAAAAGAAGAAGCUAAAGGCAGUGUGAGUCCUGGGGGUGGGCUCUCCAUGGAUGUAGCAUAUGGAAGAUAAUUUUUAUACUGCAUUUUUAUGGAUUAUUUUAUAAUGUGUGAGUUGGUCUCGUGAGGAGGAGGAGGAGGGGCUUCUGUGAAAACCGCCCAUCUUCAGGUGCUCCUGCGGCUGAGCAGCUUCCGGACGUGACGUGGAGGUCGUGGCUUGGAGCCGGCACAGCACCCUGUAUCUGUCUGAGAUGGGGACGUGGGGUGUCUGGAGUCUCUGUCUCUCUCCCUGAGUCUCAGAUGUUCAUCUGCCACCUCUUGUUAAGGCUCUAGCCCAGAGGGAGGGUGAGGGUAGAAGAAAGUUAUUCCUGAAGAAAAAAAAAAA